UUUUUAAUUGCUCCGGUAGAAUGAAGGAGCUGAAACUUGAUUCAUUGAUAUUAAUCAUGAUUAUUAAAUCCUUAGCUAGACAGGUUUGAAAGAGAAGUACACUGAAGAGAUAUUAUGAAGAUUUUGGUAUUCCAGCAAAUCUAUAGUUUAAUAAUCCUUGGUGCUGAAGGGGUCACUUUAACCUUGCUACACGUCAAUGACAUCCAUUCACACUUCGAGGAGGUCAAUGUAAACACAGGCAGGUGCAGAGGCACAGAGGUUGAUGGUUGCUACGGAGGAAUGAGCCGGAUGAUGACUUUCAUCCGGGAGGUCAGAACAUCAGAUCCGGAUACUAUACUUCUUAAUGCGGGAGAUUAUUAUCAGGGUACAAUAUGGUACACUCUGUUUAAAUAUAAACCAGUUGUUCAGUUCUCCAACCUUCUCAACUAUACAGCUAUGGCUUUAGGAAAUCACGACUGGGAUGAUGGGCUAGCUGGGCUUCAACCUUUUGUUAAUCAGGUUAAUUUUCCAGUCCUAGCUUCGAAUAUAGUUUCAGAAGACUUGAAGGGAGUAUCAAACUCAACUGUUGUACAGGUUGAUGGAGUUAAAGUUGGAAUUAUCGGAUAUACUUUGCUUGGCACUCCUAAUAUGUCAAAUUCAGAUGAAAACGUUUUCUUCUUUGACGAAAUAGAAUCUGUGCGAGCAGAAGCGAGAAGAUUAAAGGAUAGAGGAGUUAACAUUAUUAUAGCGACCGGACACUCUGGGUAUACUCUGGAUAAGAAGAUGGCAAGUGAGGUUGAAGAGCUGGAUUUAGUAGUUGGGGGUCACUCCCAUACUUUCCUCUAUACAGGUCACCCUCCCAGUACAGAUAAACCUGAAGGACCGUAUCCUACCUAUAUAGAACAGGAGAACGGUAGAGUUGUUCCUGUUGUUCAAGCCUAUGCUUAUACUAAAUAUAUAGGAUUACUCACAUUAAAGUUUGAUGAGUAUGGAGAACUAGAAUAUCCUCUGGGCUUCGCUGCACCAAUACUUUUAGAUCAAUCAAUAAAAAAGGAUACAUGGGUAGAGGAGCAGUUGAAACCCUGGAAGAUCUAUCUGAAGCCCUACACUACACCUAUAUCCUACAUCUCCAAUCCUCUUUACAGAGAGAAGAAUGAAGAAAGCAGUAUGGGAAAUCUUGUAGCAGAUUCAAUGGCAGCUGCUUGGCCUGGAGCUAAUAUAGCGCUCAUUAAUGAUGGUGGAAUUAGAACUGGAGUAGAGAAGGGCUAUGUAACUGGAGAGGAUGUGUACAACGUACUGCCCUUUAACAAUACAGUAGACCGGAUCCAGUUAUCAGGUGCACAGUUGAAAGAUGUUCUAGAAGAUGCAGUUAUUGAUUUCUGUCCAGAUCAAACAUGUGAACCAGAACACUUCUAUCAGGUUUCUGGAUUGAAAAUAUUCUAUGAUAUUCGGAUCAAAAACCUGGGCCGACGAAUACGUAAACUUGAGUAUAAAACUCUGGAUGGCAGGUUUGUACCUGUACAAGAUGAACUUAUAUACCCCGUUGUAACCGUUAGUUUUCUGUUGCAACCUGGGAAAUCAAAGAUGGCGGAAUUUACGAGCACGUGUAAACAAGGUCCUCUAGACUACACAGUACUUACAGAAUAUUUAAAGAAAAAUAAUCCUGUGAAUGUAAAAGUGGAGGGAAGGAUUACAAUCAGAUAUGUACAGAAACGUUGAACGUGUUAUUUUGCUAUUAAAUGCAAUAAGAUUGUACGUUGCUGUAACCAAAAUUAUUUGAUCACUUUUAAAAAAAAAAUACAAAAAUUUAAUAUUUAUUAUCAACAUCAUAGAGAUAAAUGUAAUAAUAUCUAUGUUUCUAUACAAAAAUGUAGAAAAUACAAAAUUUUUUGAGUAAA